CAGACAUCUUAGACCUCCAGAGGCAGAGAAGGGUGACUUUGCAGACCGUGAGGCCUGAAGAUGGGCUCUCUUCACUGGGCUCGGAGCUUUGGGCAGCCCUGGAGCGCUGCUGGGUCUCUGUGGGGCUGGGCGGUGUCGAGGCUACAUCUGGACUGGACAACAAGGUUCUUUCAGGAGGAUGAGGAGAUGCUGGUUCUGACCCACAGUGAUGAGCUGAACAGAACCUAUGGUGAAGACAGCAGAUUACCUUUUGACCACAUCACGAACAAAAAUGCAAGCUCUGAUGACACCAGAAAAAAGAGGACCUCGUUUAGACGAAAUAGCCUGUCUCUGAAUGAGAAAGUUACCCCGACUGUGAGGGAGAGAGCAGCUCCCAACCUGAUAGGAUCCAGCAGCACCUUACGGCAUGAUAGUCCAACUUUUAAAGAAAUGAGAGCUACUGUUAUCUCCACUGGACCCAGGACCAUCACCAUGACUUCUACAGUUUCUACUGCAGACUCCCUUUGGUGCAAAAACACCACAAGUUAUGGCAAGGGAAAAAGGUCCUCAGAGAUGCAAGCUGACAAGAUGGGCAGCAACAGUGAGGUGAACCUGAGAUCCUACAGGCUGGCUGGGCUGCUUAAAGGGAAUAUACAAAGGGUGAGACUCUCUGAGGCUGGAGAGGAGAAAAAGGAGGGAAGAGAAACUGUGGAGGGGACCUCUCAGUUCUGUACUUGCCUUGAAGAAGAGAGCGCACAGAACAGUGUGGCUGAUCCAUUUCAGAGCCCCAACACUGACACCACUAGUCUGAGUCCUUCUCCCACUAUCACUGCCUGGGAGGCCGGCUGGAAUGUGACAAAUGCUAUACAGGGCAUCUUUGUGUUGGGUUUACCCUUUGCUCUGGUCCAGUCAGGUUAUAUGGGACUGGUUCUGUUGGUUCUGUCGGCCUGGGUCUGUAACCACACAGGCAGGAUCCUGGUGGCCUGUCUAUAUGAAGAGCAACAGAGUGGUGGGUCUGGUUCCGCGUCAAAGGUUAGAAUCCGACACAGCUACCAGGACAUAGUGGAGGCCUGCUGCAAAGGACUGUGGCCCAACUGGCCUGGACUCGGGGGGUGGAUGGUUAAUGUAGCUCAGGUGAUUGAACUGUUGAUGACCUGUACCCUGUAUCUAGUUUUCUCCACCAGUCUGUUGUCUGACAGUUUGACUGGAAUGGCUGUUCCUAGAUCAGUAUGUUCUCUGAUCUCCCUGAUGUUCCUGCUGCCCUGCCUGCUUCUGACUGAUCUCAGACCAGUCUCCACACUCAGCCUACUCUGCUCGCUGGCUCACAUACUGAUCAGCCUGUUGGUCAUGCUGUACUGCCUGAGUCGAGCCAGCAACUGGUCUUGGUCCUCUCUGUCUCUGUCUGUGGACCCGGAGGACUUCCUCGUCUCUGUGGGCGUCAUCAUUUUCUCCUACACCUCACAGAUCUUCCUCCCUCCUCUAGAGGGCAGCAUGGAGGACAGCAGGCAGUUUAAUGCUAUGCUGGGUUGGACCCAUGGUGCUGCCUGCAUAAUGAAAACUAUGUUCUCUUUGCUGGCCGUUUUGACCUGGGGGGCAACGACCAGUGAGGUCAUCACAGACAACCUGCCCUCUGAUCUUCGACCUCUAGUCAACCUGUGUUUGUUGGCAAAAGCCCUGCUGUCCUACCCUCUGCCAUUCUACUCUGCUGCUGAAAUAGUACAAACCUGUCUGCUCGGAGACCCUGCCGUCUCACUGUACUCCAAACAUGGAGGUCGGGGUGUGUCUCGUCCAGCCCUGCUGGUCCGUGGCACCUUGCUGAUGACAUCAUACUUACUGGCCCUGCUGGUGCCCAGGUUUUCCCUGUUGAUGGGUUUGACAGGCAGUGUGACCGGGGCAGCCAUGACACUCAUAUUGCCGUGCCUGUUUCACCUCAGACUUCACUGGGGCCGCCUCACUCUGAGGGACCGGCUGAUAGAUGUUGGAAUAUUGAGUCUAGGGGUCGCCUGCAGUGUGUCUGGUGUGAUUUGUUCAGUGAAAAGACUGGUGGAGGGACUGUAGGAGGUGAAGAUGGAUGGAUGGAAAGGUAAGUAUGUGGGCAGUUCAAGUUGGUCACUUUUAAAGACAGCUGCAGCUUCCACAAUUUCAUUGUACUAAACUGUACAAUGACAAUAAAGCCUAUUCUAUUCUUUGUAUCAAUGUUGCAUUAAAGGUGCUGCAUGUACGUAUUUUAGUUUAAAACAUUCAAAAAUGAACUAAAACAACUGUGAAGAAAUAACAAUUUUGAUAUUAUGUCAAAGACAUCCAUGUAC